CUCAGCUGAGCGUUCCUGGUGGGGAUCCCCCCACCAUUUUGGAAGUUGCUUAAGCUGUGGCCAGUCAGCAGUGGUGCGGGGUUCACAUUGGCAGUAGCAUUUAAAUCCAGUCGGUCUUGCUCCGAUCGGUGUUCCAUGUCCCGGAAUUCUAUUUUACUCUCAACCUGACAAUCCCAUUCAAUAUGGCAGCUGUCGAUGUCGAAUCUCGUACGGUAGACCAGCUCAGUCUUCCAUCACGCGAGCGCGUGGAGCCUGGCUCUCACAAUAUCCCACUGGGCCAAUUCCCAGAAACAAACACGGCCGCCCCAGAGAAUCCCGACCAGAUUGUAAACGCGGUUGUCGAGAAAUUGAAUAACGCCCUUGAGAAGAAGGAUGCCAAUGCUGUCUCUCAAACAUUCUUGGAGAACAGCUAUUGGCGCGACCACCUCUGUCUGUCCUGGGAUUUCCGAACCAUCAAGGGGCGUGAAGCAGUCGCUAAAUUUGCGACCGAAAGCCCGAAAUCCGUCAAGGUUGAAGUCGACCGUUCCUCUGCAUUUAAAGCGCCGCAUAACGGUCCCAUAGAUGCUUUUGGUGAAGUCCAUGGAGUUGAAUCCUUCAUCAAGGUCACCACCAGCAUCGGACGUGGACACGGUGUCGUGCGAUUGGCCCAGCAAGGGAACGAGUGGAAGAUUUUCACCAUCUCCACCACUCUACUCGAGCUGACAGGCCACGAAGAGGCAACGAAUGCCCGCAGACCUGUGGGAGUGAAGCACGGAGAGCAGCAAGGACGCCAGAACUGGCAGGAUCGACGCAAUGCCGACAGUAAUUAUGUGGACAAAGAUCCCGCUGUACUCAUUAUCGGUGCUGGUCAAGGUGGUCUUACUGCCGCUGCUCGACUGAAAAUGCUUAACGUCGACACCUUGAUCAUCGACCAGGAAGACCGCAUCGGAGACAGCUGGCGUCGGCGGUAUCACCAACUCGUUCUGCACGAUCCCGUGUGGUACGACCACCUCCCCUACCUGAACUUCCCAUCCAACUGGCCAAUCUUCACACCCAAGGACAAGCUGGCCGAGUUCUUCGAGUCCUAUGCCAAGCUACUAGAGUUGAACGUCUGGACUCGGACCGAACUCGAGUCUGCCUCCUACGACGAGGGCAAGAGGCAAUGGACCGUUGUCCUUCAGCGCAAGUCUGGAGACGGCACCACUGAAACACGCACUCUACAUCCGCACCAUGUCAUCCAAGCUACCGGCCACUCAGGCAAAAAGAACAUGCCUACCUUCAAGGGCGCGGAAAACUUCAAGGGUGACCUGUUCUGCCAUAGCUCCGAGUUCAAGGGCGCGAAACCUAACUCCCAGGGGAAGAAGGCGAUUGUCGUCGGCUCCUGUAACUCAGGCCACGAUAUCGCCCAGGACUACGUGGAGAAAGGCUAUGAAGUGACGAUGGUGCAGCGAAGCACUACCUGCGUUGUGACGUCGGACUCGAUUGUCAACAUUGGACUGAAAGGUCUGUACGAGGAGGCUGGCCCGCCAACUGAGGACUCGGACGUAUACCUGUGGAGUAUCCCUCCCGAACUCUUCAAGGCCCAGCAGAUCAAAGUCUUUGAGCUGAUCGCCAAGAACGAUGCAAAGACCCUCGAUGGACUGGAGAAAGUUGGAUUCAAGGUCGACCGGGGCCCUAUGGAUGCCGGUCUUCUAGUCAAAUACUUCCAGCGUGGUGGUGGAUACUAUAUCGACGUUGGUGGUAGCCAGCUGAUCGCCGAGGGGAAGAUCAAGGUGAAACAGGGACAGGAGAUUAGCGAAGUGCUUCCUAAUGGCCUUCGAUUCGCUGACGGCUCGGAGUUGGAAGCGGAUGAGAUUGUCCUUGCGACGGGAUACCAGAACAUGCGCACGCAGGCGCGCCUUAUGUUUGGCGACGAGAUUGCCGAUAGGGUCGGUGAUGUAUGGGGCCUUGAUUCGGAGGGCGAAAUGCGAACUAUCUGGCGCCGUAGUGGCUACCCAGGCUUCUGGUUCAUGGGUGGCAACCUGGCCCUGUGCAGAUACUAUUCUCGUCUGCUGGCAUUACAGAUUAAAGCAUUGGAGGAGGGCAUUGCCUCAUACUAGGUUUGAUCUGCGAUAUAAAGACUGGAGUUUACUAGCAUUUCAUUCUCAUAAUUCAUUGAUAUUUGGCGUCACUUCAGCCGAGCCACCCUUCUUGCUGGGCCACCCAUAUUCCUAAUGUAAGAACGUGCGUAUAUAGCCACAUUUCCAGAUUUACGUGAGCAUCCCGAUCGCCGCUCGUUGCCGUUGAUAAAGGAUCUGUCAAGUCCAAACACAUCUGCAGGUGCUCCAUGAUAGAAGUUUUCCGGACCAUGAUUUCCAGCCCACCAGGGGUCAUGGUUGCUAUACGACUCUUUCGCCGUGCCCUGCGAUCGAUCAAAACUAGAACAAAUUGGUCUGAAUGAAACGGCUGCGAAGAAUUCUCGUCCUUGCCCGCAAGGCCACGCUUUUCCCAUUGCAUAAUCAUUUGACCGGGGUCGCUCUUUUCUCUGGUUUCAUCGUUGAUGGUAAACCGGUAGCAUGGUGUUUUUUCCGGGCCUGCAAAGCCCACGCUGGCAUGCCAGCUGCGCUGAGCGUCGCGAAAAUGUAUAGUCGAGGCCUUGGCCUCGCCACUGGAUGAUUGACAGAUGGCAGACACGAUAUCUUUACUUUGAAGAUUGCUGUUCGUACUCUCCUGGUAGUCGGAUUUCGCAGAGUCCUUCCGUACUGAUGGUGCGCUGGAAGUGUAUGGUUCAUCAAGAGUCGCGUAGAUAUCGCCCGCCCGUAGCUUUGGUCGUUGAGGAAACUCGCGGGUCAAUUUCGAUUUACGCAAAGGUGGUUGCCAUAUCUCUAGAACGGGGACAGGGCGAUGGUUGUGCGAGAGUUGUUGGAUUUGUAGUAAUAAUUUAGCGGAGAGCCGGAGCGAUGAUUUUGGUGGUGGUCGGGCGAUUUGAAAAUUUGCUUGUAUUUUGGUUCGUGCGGG